AUGUUUAACUCUGUAUACUGUAGUACAACUUGUUUUUCUUCUUCUCAUAUUAUCCUGGGAAACACUGGUGGGACUGCCAACCACCUUGAAAGUGUACCAGAAGACCUAGGAGGUGCUGAGGCUCCUUAUGAGGCUCUUGAAAGUAUCCCUAGGGAUCCUGGAGGUGCUGUGGAUUAUUCACUUGAAGGCAUCCCAGAGGAACUCUGUGACUAUGCAGAGGUAUUUUCUGAGGACAAGGUGACAGAGUUGCCUCCUCAUUGCUCCUAUGACUUGGAGAUAGUCCUCCAAGAUCAAACCAAACAGGUUAAAGGACCUGUCUAUCCCCUUAGACCUUCUGAUGAUGAGGAACUCAAGAGGAUCUUAAAGGAACAGCUGGACCAAGGCCUUAUCAGGCCCUCAAAAUCCCAUUACAGCUCUCCUGUGAUCUUUGUUCCCAAAAAGAAUGGCAAAAGGAGGAUGUGCAUUGACUACCGUGCACUGAAUGCCAACACAGUCAAGAACUCUUACCCCCUUCCUUUGAUUUCCAAUCUCAUUGAGAAGUUAAGGGGUGCAAAGUGCUUUACUGCUCUAGACCUUAAAUCUGGAUAUAACCUUGUCAGAAUUAAGGAAGGAGAUGAAUGGAAAACAGCAUUCAAGACUAAAUAUGGCCUUUUUGAAUACCUGGUUAUGCCCUUUGGGCUGUGCAAUGCCCCAGCUACCUUCCAGCAUUUCAUGAAUGAUAUCCUGAGGGACAUCUUAGAUGUCUAUGUGAUAGUGUACUUGGAUGAUAUCCUUAUUUUCUCCAAAUCCAGAGAAGAACAUGUUACCCAUGUCAGGGAAGUUCUCAAAAGGCUACAGAAGCACAAGUUGUACUGUCAGCUUGAGAAAUGCAGGUUCUUCCAGGAUCAAGUACACUACUUGGGAAUCAUAGCCAAUGGGGAAGGGGUAUGUGCAGACCCUGAAAAAAUCUCCAAAGCUGUUGAUUGGGCAACACCCCAGACAGUUAAAGGGGUUCAAGAGUUCUUAGGUUUUGUCAACUUCUACAGGCGGUUCAUUAUGAACUUCUCCAAGCUUGCAUAUCCACUCUAUCAACUGUUGCGCAAGGAGAACCCUUGGAAGUGGGGUGCUGAACAGCAGGAGUCUUUUGACAACCUAAAAAGAGCUCUGAUUGAAUCCCCUGUCCUCAUUCAGCCUGAUGUUUCAAAAGAGUUCUUCCUUGAGUGUGAUGCAUCAGAUUAUGCAACUGGUGCAAUCCUUAGCCAAAAAGGUGGAGAUGACAAACUCCAUCCUGUGGCCUUCCUUUCAAAGAGCCUAUCACCUGCAGAAUGCAACUAUGACAUCUAUGACAAAGAGUUGCUUGCAGGAGAGCUGGGACCCUUCCUUCCGCCAGCCUCCCCUGAGCUCGGCGAAGUAUCUCUCGAGCGGGUCAUCCGCCUCCUCUGGGGACUCCAAUCCCAGGUUGACCGCAUCGAGCGGACCCUCUCGGAGCAAGCCAAAGUUAGCCGAGAGGUUCGGACCAAUGUCGAGAACAUCUCACAAGCGGUCGAUACUGUCAAGGAUGGGCUUGCCCAACUCCAGCAAUCCCGGGGCCCCCACACCCCAGAAGAACGAAAACCCCCCGCGGUCAAGGAAACUCCCAGGGCCGCGCCCAAAGUCAAGCCUUUUGGCAAGACUCAACCAUCCCUCGGGGCUCCAGCCCCCAUCUUCUCCACAGGGGCCCCUAGGCGCGACCCCCUCACCCUGUUUAACCCCUAUCCCUCCUCUUCCUUCCCUUCUGGACCGGCUCCAGCCCAAGGACCUCCACCAGCGCCUGUCAUUACCCCGGCGCAGCCUCCAGCCCCCUCCACUGUAAAGGUGGACCACCCAGAUGCCUUCAAAGGCAAGAUAGGCUCGGAGGCCAAGCAAUGGCUAACCCGCAUGUUGGCCUGGGUUUGCCUCAACCAGAGGCAGUUCCCCUUGGACUUGGAGGUCCUCAGCUUCCUUCUCAUGAAUAUGGAGGAAGCAGCAGGGGCCUGGGCCCAUCCCCACUUGGACCAAUUGGGGUCCCAUCGCGCACUCAUCCAGACCGUGGAUGAGUUCAAAAUCGAAUUCCUGGCCGCCUUUGGCGACCCUGAUGCAACCCGUGCAGCGGAGCGGAAGAUCACUUCCCUAACACAGACCGGCACUUGUGCCAAAUAUAUUACUAAGUUCCGCACGCUGCAAAUGGAGCUCGAUUGGAACAAUGCCGCACUACGCGGCCAAUUUGCGCAGGGACUUCACUGGGAGGUCCGAAGACAGAUUGCCACAAGGGAGAGGCAACCCCGUACCCUGAGGGAGCUGCAAGAUGCUGCCCUCAUCAUUGACAACGCCCUCCGCGAGGAAAGAGCCAGCCACCCGCAACAGGGUAAUAAGUCUGCCAAAUCCUCUACCACCCCCAACCGGGGGGCGAGUACCGGCCAACAGGCCACCAAAACCGGCCCCCUCUCUUCCAACCCCAACUACGUCUCGGAAGAAGAACGCAACCGCCGCCGCGCAGAAGGCCUCUGUGUGAAAUGCGGAAGGGCCGGCCACAAGUUUGCCAAGUGUAGAACCGGCUGGAAGGCUACCCCAAAGGAGGACAAAGGGAAAGCCAAGGAAACCGCCAAGAUUGGCAAAGACUCUGGAUCCCAAUUGGGAAAAGAUACCAAUAGACACGCCCCACUUUUUACAAUUCCAAUCCAACCAGAAAAGAUAGCGGAAACAUUAGAAGUCCUGAUUGACUCAGGCGCCACAUCCUCCUUCCUCCAUCCACGCACCGCCGAGGCAUUACGUCUCCCCCUAAUAGACCUCCCUUCACCCCGUACCGUUACUAUGCUCAAUGGGUCAAGCCCCCAGGCAGGAAAAAUCUGGAAAAAGGCAGUACUUACCUUUACAUAUGAUGGCAAGAAGAUGACGGAAACCUUCCUCAUCUGUAAUACCGGCAGUCAUGCUGCCAUCCUAGGUUUAAAAUGGUUAGACGCCCACAACCCAGAAAUAGAUUGGAACGCGCGCACACUUUCCUUUCCACACACUCCGCCAGAACACGUGGCCAUUGCCAAGGAGGAAGAAGCUGACCAAAACCCUCUAGAAGGAGUACCCUCCAAGUACCACCAAUACGCCAAGGUAUUUGGAGAAGAAGAAUUCAACAAGCUUCCUCCUCACAGGCAUUACGAUAUAGGAAUUGAACUCACGGAAGAGGGUCCCCUUAAUUUGCCUCUGUAUAGUAUGACCAACGCCAAAUCCGCUACACUCAAGGAUUGGCUCAGGGACGAGCUCAAAUCUGGAAAGAUCCGUCCCAGCAAAUCAUCUAUCAGUUCCCCCGUCAUGUUUGUCCCUAAGAAAGAUGGUUCCCGCCGCCUGGUUGUCGACUACCGCCGCCUUAACAACUGGACCAAGAAAAACGUCUAUCCACUACCCCGUCCAGAUGAUCUUAUGGCCCAGCUCCGUGGUGCCAAGGUUUUCACUAAAUUAGACUUGAGAUGGGGUUACAACAACGUCCGAGUUAAGGAAGGGGAUGAAUGGAAAACUGCAUUCCGCACCAAGUAUGGCCUAUACGAAUCCCUAGUUAUGACCUUUGGUCUCACCAACGCCCCCGCCGCAUUUCAACACUUCAUGAACAAGCUGUUCAAAGAUUUAUUGGACGUAUGCGUCAUCAUAUACCUCGAUGACAUCCUGAUUUAUUCCAAGGAUGACGCUGCUCACACACAACACGUUCAUGAGGUCCUAAAGCGGCUAAUGGAGAAUCAACUAUUCUGCAAGGCGUCCAAAUGCACCUUCCACGUCACCUCCGUGGAAUACUUGGGAAUCAUUGUCUCGGAUAAGGGUUUUAGCCUGGAUAAGCUCAAGAUCCAGGCGGUACAGGAAUGGCCAACACCCACUAAGGUCAAGGAAGUUCAAUCGUUCCUAGGAUUUGCCAAUUUCCUUCGUCGCUUUGUGGCCAACUUCAGCCACAUGGCUAGGCCGCUACACAACCUAGUCAGGAAAGACACGCCUUGGAAAUGGGACACAAAGGAGCAAGAAGCAUUCCAAGGCCUAAAGAAUGCCAUCACCAACGCCCCCGUACUCUGCCACGCCGACCCUACCAAACCUUAUUUCCUUGAGACAGACGCAUCUGGCGCGGCCCUAGGAUCCAUACUCAGCCAACGCCAAGAGGACGGACGCCUACAUCCGCUGGGAUUCCUGUCAGAAUCAUUCAAGGGUGCUGAACAGAAUUAUGACACCCACGAUAAGGAACUCCUGGCCAUCAUCCAAUCAUUUGAAUACUGGCGCAUAUUCUUAGAAGGUACCUUGCACCCCAUAACGGUUUUCACUGAUCAUUGGAACCUGGAGUACUGGAAGGAAUCUAGAACCUUCAACCGCCGCCACGCACGAUGGCACCUCCUCCUUGCCGGUUACAAUUUCCAGAUAGUCUAUUGCCCAGGGAAACAGUCAGGAAAACCAGAUGCCCUCUCACGCCGCUUGGAUCAUGCCGAUGUCCCUCCUGCCGAUCAAACAAUGCUUCCAGACCCUGUAUUCGCCAACGUUGCCCUAGUCACACCAGAAAAGGAAUUACAACAACAGAUUGAGUUGUCCCUGGAUCAGGACGAGUCGCUAGAAGAAAUCCUCCAAUUCUUACAGAACGAGUCCAAGGCACCGCCAUCCAUCAAACGCGCAUUCAAGGAUUACAAGAUGGAGGCGGGGUUACUUUUCUAUCAAGGACGAAUUGUAGUCCCCGACGUUGGAACACUAAGGACAGAUCUGCUCCGCAUUUUCCAUGACAGCCCCCUGGCAGGACACCCGGGAAGACAGCGCACUCUGGAAUUGGUGUCAAGAAGUUACUACUGGCCGGGUAUCCGCAGUGACACGUAUUGGCACGUAGACUCAUGCGAAACGUGUCAACGGAUCAGGAAACCCAGAUACGCGUCUAUUCCACCCCAGCCUCUGGAACUACCGUCUAGACCCUGGCAACAUGUUUCCUACAAUAUGAUUGUGGACUUACCAAAGGACGGGAAUCACAACUCGAUCCUGGUCAUCAUUGAUAGCUUCACUAAGUACGGGAUAUUUGUCAAAUGCUCCAAGAAACUAAAAGCCCCGGAACUAGCAGAAUUAUUCUUGGAACAUGUAUGGAAACGACACGGCAUGCCUGAAAAAACGGUCUCGGAUAGAGGGAGGGUAUUCAACAACAAAUUCUUGAAGGCGCUGUACAAACGCCUGGGAAUUGACCCCCACUACUCCUUGGCGUAUCAUCCCCAGAGCGAUGGCCAAACUGAACGGGUCAACCCGUCCAUCGAACAUUUCCUAAGGGCAUACUCUGGCAUCAACCAACGGGACUGGACAAAAUGGCUGCCCAUGGCGGAGUUUGCAUACAACAACGCCGUACAUAGUAGCACGGGCAAAACCCCUUUCAAGGCCCUGUAUGGCUGGGAACCUACCCUAACCCCAUCAAACGUACCAACAGACGUCCCGGAAGCAGACGACCUGGCCCAAACAAUGGAGGCACAAUGGAGGGAGGUGGAAUCAGCACUCCGACAGUCCAAACAACAAAUGACAGCCGGAGAAGAUGGGAGCCCAACGGAGUUUGAAAUUGGAGAAGAAGCUUGGCUGGAUGCCAAGAACGUUAACCUUAAAACACUAAGUCCCAAACUAACGGAACAACGUCUGGGACCCUUCAAGGUUAUCAAAAAAAUCUCCGACCGGGCUUAUUGUCUAGAGCUUCCCCCAACCAUGAGGAUCCACAACGUCUUCUAUGUGGGACUCCUAUCUAAGGUCAAAAGGGAUAAAAAACGUAACUUUGAAAAUCGUCCCCCACCAGUCACCGUGGACGGAGAAGAGGAAUACCAGGUCAAGGGAAUCACUGAUGCCGAAGAAAGGAACGGAAAAUGGUUCUUCCAAGUCAAAUGGAAGGGAUACGGGUCCAAAGAAAACACGUGGGAACCCCAAGAAAACCUAAAAAACGCCAAAAAAAUUUUAGAAAAAUACGAAAAAGACAUGAAAAAGAAGGCCCUUGGCGCUGCCAAGGCCCUUAGAGGGGGGCAGUGUCGGGAGGCUAAAGGGGGGGGUGAAGCCCCUGCACUUAUUGCACCAGAGCUUUUUAUCUCUUCAAUUCUCACAGACAGUGACCUCAAUGACCUUAUCAGAGAUGCACUGCCUGAUGACAAAACUGUUGCCAAAAUCCUGAAGUCCUUGGAGGAAAACAUUCCUGUUAAAGGCUGGUCUCUGGAUAAUGGGUUGCUCUACUACCACCAGUGCAUUUAUGUACCCAAUGAGCCAGAAAUCAGGCGCCUUGUUCUUGAAAGCAGGCAUGAUAAUCCUUCCACAGGCCAUCCAGGACAGUGGAGAACCAUGGAGUUGCUGUCUCGCCAUUAUUAUUGGUCUGGGAUGAAGCAAUCUGUGGCCAAAUACAUUCAGGCAUGUGAUUCAUGCAUCAGAAGUAAACAUUCCAACCAGGCCAAGAUGGGGCUACUCCAACCUAUUGAUCUACCCAGAAAGCCUUGGGAGGAAAUUACAUAUGACCUGAUUGUUGGCCUUCCUAUUUCAGAGGGAUAUGAUGCAAUACUCACAGUGGUGGAUAGACUAUCCAAGAUGGUCCAUUUCAUUCCUACCACCUCUAAAGCCACUGCUGUUGAUGUUGCAAAUCUCUUUGUGAACUUCAUAUGGAAACUCCAUGGGCUGCCCAGAAAAACCAUCUCAGAUUGUGGGCCUCAAUUCAAUGCCAAAUUCCUGUGCCAAGUAUACAAGCGUUUGGGGAUAGAACCACACUUCUCAACAGCCUACAGACCCCAAGUGGAUGGGCAAAGUGAGAGGUUAAACCAGUUUGUUGAAAUCUUCCUAAGGCACUAUCUUAGCCAUAGGCAAGAUGACUGGGUUGCUCUCCUUCCCUUGGCAGAAUUUGCAUAUAACAAUGGGGUUCAUGCUGGGUCCAAACACUCUCCUUUUUACCUCUGUUAUGGGUACAAUCCAGAUUUCACUGUUGGGGAUAUUACUGUUACCCAAGUCCCUCAAGCAGAUGAACUGGCUGAGUUCUUGAAGAAAAACCUGGAGGAAGCCAAAGCUGCAUUAACCAUGGCCCAGAACAAGCAAGCCUUCUACUACAAUAAUAAGCACAAGGCAGCAAUCAAGCUUGAACCUGGUGAUAGGGUCUUCUUAGACAGCAGCAAUAUCAAAACUUCAAGGCCUUCCCACAAACUUGAACACAAGAGGUUGGGACCAUACAAAGUCUUGGAGAAGAUUGGCAAAGAGAGCUACAAAUUGGAACUUCCAAAAUCUAUGAAGAUCCAUCCAGUAUUCCACAUAGCUCUACUCCACAAGGAACCCUUUGAUGAAUUCCAGCGCAAACCCAAACCUUUGCCUCCUGUAAUUACCCAAACAGGAGAAGAAGAAUAUGUGGUGGAGAAGAUUUUGGAUUCCAGGAAGCAAGGAAGGAACCUGUGGUACUAUGUCAAGUGGAAAGGGUAUGGACCAGAAGAGAACACCUGGGAACCCAAAAGUCACUUGGCCAAUGCACCAAAACAGGUUGCCAAAUUCCACCAGCUCCACUCAGAUGCACCUGGGCCUUGA